GACAGCUAGAUUAUUUAGGAGAGGAGCAGAGGAGAGAAAUCGGUGUGAGUCGCCAUGGAGACUCCUAGGGUCCAGCACCCGCCGCCUCCCCAGCUGCUGUUCCUAAUUCUGCUGAGCUGUCCCUGGAUUCAGGGUCUGCCCCUGAAGGAAGAAGAGGCACUGCCAGAGCCUGGAAGUGAGGCCCCCACGGUAGCCUCUGAGGCUUUGGCCGAGCUGCUCCAUGGGGCCCUGCUGAGGAGGGGUCCAGAGAUGGGCUACCUGCCGGGAUCUGAUCCAGACCCCACACUAGCCACCCCUCCAGCCGGCCAGACUCUUGCAGCGCCCUCCCUGCCACGGGCCACUGAGCCAGGGACGGGGCCUCUGACUACGGCCGUAACCCCUAAAGGGGGCAGGGGAGCAGGCCCCACCGCACCAGAGCUGCUGACCCCGCCCCCCGGAACUACGGCCCCGCCCCUUCCUGGCCCCGCCUCACCAGGCCCGCCCCUUGGGCCUGAGGGAGGAGAGGAGGAGACCACCACCACCAUCAUCACCACGACAACUGUUACCACCACAGUGACCAGCCCGGUUCUGUGUAAUAACAACAUCUCUGAGGGCGAAGGGCAUGUUGAGUCUCCAGAUUUGGGGAGUGCAGCCAGCCGCACCGUGGGGCUCCUGGACUGCACCUACAGCAUUCAUGUCUACCCUGGCUACGGCAUUGAGAUCCAGGUGCAGACGCUGAACCUGUCUCGGGAGGAAGAACUCCUGGUGCUGGCUGGCGGGGGGUCCCCGGGCCUGGCCCCCCGACUCCUGGCCAACUCCUCCAUGCUGGGAGAAGGACAGGUCCUUCGGAGUCCAACCAACCGCCUGCUCCUGCACUUCCAGAGCCCACGGGUCCCAAGGGGUGGUGGCUUCAGGAUCUACUAUCAGGCCUACCUCCUGAGCUGCGGCUUCCCUCCCCGGCCUGCCCAUGGGGACGUGAGCGUGACAGACCUGCACCCUGGGGGCACUGCCACCUUCCACUGUGAUUCGGGCUACCAGCUGCAGGGGGAGGAGACCCUUACCUGCCUCAAUGGCACCCGACCAGCCUGGAGCGGUGAACCCCCCAGCUGCAUGGCAUCCUGUGGUGGCACCAUCCACAAUGCUACAUUGGGCCGCAUCGUGUCCCCUGAGCCUGGGGGAGCAGCUGGGCCCAACCUUACCUGCCGUUGGGUCAUUGAAGCAGCUGAGGGACGCCGGCUUCACCUGCACUUCGAGAGGGUCUCACUGGAUGAGGACAAUGACCGGCUGAUGGUGCGCUCAGGUGGCAGUCCCCUCUCCCCAGUCAUCUAUGACUCAGACAUGGAUGAUGUCCCAGAGCGGGGUCUCAUCAGUGAUGCCCAGUCCCUCUAUGUGGAGCUGCUUUCAGAGACCCCUGCUAAUCCUCUGCUGCUAAGCCUCAGAUUUGAAGCCUUUGAAGAAGAUCGCUGCUUUGCUCCCUUCCUGGCACAUGGCAAUGUCACCACCACAGACCCUGAGUACCGCCCAGGGGCGCUGGCCACUUUCUCGUGCCUCCCAGGAUAUGCCCUGGAGCCCCCUGGCCCCCCAAAUGCCAUCGAAUGUGUGGAUCCCACAGAACCCCACUGGAAUGACACAGAGCCAGCCUGUAAGGCCAUGUGUGGAGGGGAGCUGUCAGAGGCGGCUGGUGUAGUCCUCUCUCCUGACUGGCCCCAGAGCUAUAGCCCAGGCCAGGACUGUGUGUGGGGCCUGCACGUCCAGGAAGAGAAGCGCAUCUUGCUCCAAGUUGAGAUCCUGAACGUGCGCGAAGGGGACAUGCUGACACUGUUCGACGGGGACGGUCCCAGCGCCCGAGUCCUGGCCCAGCUCCGGGGACCUCAGCCGCGCCGCCGCCUCCUCUCUUCCGGGCCCGACCUCACGCUGCAGUUCCAGGCACCGCCAGGGCCGCCAAACCCGGGCCUCGGGCAGGGGUUUGUGUUGCAUUUCAAAGAGGUGCCGAGGAAUGACACGUGCCCUGAGCUGCCACCUCCAGAGUGGGGCUGGAGGACCGCUUCCCACGGGGACCUGAUCCGGGGCACGGUGCUUACUUACCAGUGCGAACCUGGCUACGAGCUGCUGGGCUCCGACAUUCUCACCUGCCAGUGGGACCUGUCCUGGAGCGCGGCGCCGCCCGCCUGCCAAAAGAUCAUGACUUGUGCCGAUCCUGGGGAGAUCACCAAUGGGCACCGAACCACCUCAGACGCUGGCUUCCCUGUUGGCUCGCACGUCCAGUACCGCUGUCUGCCUGGGUACAGCCUGGAGGGGGCCGCUGUUCUCACCUGCUACAGCCGGGACACAGGCACACCCAAGUGGAGCGACCGGGUCCCCAAGUGUGCCUUGAAGUAUGAGCCGUGCCUGAACCCAGGGGUGCCAGAGAACGGCUAUCAGACGUUGUAUAAGCAUCACUACCAAGCGGGAGAGUCUCUGCGCUUCUUCUGCUAUGAGGGCUUUGAGCUCAUUGGCGAGGUCACCAUCACCUGUGUGCCCGGCCACCCCUCGCAGUGGACCAGCCAGCCCCCACUCUGCAAAGUGGCCUAUGAGGAGCUCCUGGACAACCGAAAACUGGAAGUGACCCAGACCACAGACCCAUCACGGCAGCUGGAGGGUGGGAACCUCGCCUUGGCCAUCCUGCUGCCCCUAGGCUUGGUCAUUGUCCUCGGCAGUGGUGUUUACAUAUACUACACCAACCCCUCUAUCUCUUUCCUCUCCCAGACUACAGGGAAAAUCCCUCUUCGGCUUCUCGGGCUCCCAUUCCUACAGCCCCAUCACCGUGGAGUCAGAUUUCAGCAAUCCACUAUAUGAAGCCGGGGAUACACGGGAGUAUGAAGUUUCCAUCUGAACCCCAAGAUUAAGGCUGCAGGACCCAGGACGCCCCUCCCCUCCCCAUUCUGGACAGGGAGGAGAACAGAACGUUGUCUCUGGCUCCUUUCCUCCCUGCUGUGUAAAUAGUCUCCUGGGGACCCUACAGUAAAUAAACCAGCAUCCUGCCGCCCAAGCCUCCUCUUCUCAGUUGCCAAACAAAGGGGCCUGCCUCUCCCCUCUGGCCCCACUGGCUUUUGGACCCUGGGAGGGGAACCCAGCCCCCCUGCAACUCCAGGGGCUCCUUCUGGCUCAAGGCACCCCCACCCACCCACGGACUGCCUGAGAGCUCUGCUGUUCCCUUGGCCUUGAAGGCUCUUCCCAGAUGCUCUGGCCCUGGGCCUCACCCUGGGCUCUGGAGGGUCAGAGGAAGAGGGAUGAGGGGGGAAAAGCGGGGAAAAGGCCCCUACCCCGCUUCAUGCCAUCUCCCAAUCCACAACCUCCCCACCUUCGCUUCUGGAUUUUUGGUUUUGAGCAAUAAACAGAAAACCACCACUUGUAACUGGGUUGGUGGGGUAUGGGCAGGUGGGUCACGGAGUGGCCUGGAGAGAGAGGAACGAUCUGGAAAAAAGAUGGAGCUCCAAGACUGGGUCAAGGGACUGCUGGCCUGGGGUCCAAAAGCCUGGCUUUAGGCUCGGCCUGUGUGGAGGAUGAGCCCCCUGUGGGCUUCAGCUGUCUCUAGCCCCUUGCUUGACCUUCUAGGCUCUUUUAGCCAGGAGAGAGCUGACAGUAGCCUCCUCUCGGGCCAGGCAGGAGUCACCCUCCCUCCCUGCUUGGCAGGUCACAAACAGCUCUCUGUCUGUUUCAUGACCGUUUCACCUAAAAGGCAAGUUCCUUUUGAGAAUUUUUGUAUCCAUCCAAGUGUACCAUUCUUUUCUCCCCUAAUAUUUUUGGCACUGUAAAUAUAUCUGCUGUUACACGCCUACUGA